UGUUUGUCAGUGUCCCAUGGGGAAUGGGAGCAGCGGAGGGGAGGAAAUAUGACAGCUCCGGUGGAUCCGUCUCCAGGAGACUGUAGUACGGAGGGAGGGGGAACCAAAAGGAACCAGUAAUGGCUGCUCCUCUGGGCUCUUAAAGGAGCUCGUUUGCCAGGGAUCAGUCUACGCGCUCUCCCCUGACACCCCUUGAGCAGGAAGAGGAAGACAGCACUGAGAGCCCCCGCAAACUCUGUCUCCGGCUCAGCAUGGAUCCCUUGUGGUGUCCUCGCCGCAUGCUGGUGAGCUCCCCCUGCACUCGCAUCCGCCCAACUCUCCCCGAGACUGAGCCAGGCUCCUGGAGCAGAGAGCUAAAGCAGAGCACCUGAGGAGGGGACUCGCAUAGGUUUAAGAAGAGCGGAAGCACCAGCUGAGAAUUCUUCCAGCUCUAGAAGCUCAGCGCUUUUGUAGCUUCCCACUUGUUUAUGGUCUUGGGGCAGAAAAUUGAUUGGAUGUUUAGAGAUGAGUGUCAUCCUGAAGGACAUAGCCUGGAGGACAGAGUUGUAGAAGUCUGGAGUGGAUACCUCACAAAAUGAGGUAUAGCUUGCUUAAUUAGCCCAGAAGUGAAGGUGGAUAUGAUGGUCUGGGGUUGAAGAAAGGCGAAGGCAGGAGCAGAAUGGACUGGAAGCCCUGUCAUGUGGGAAGGUGGGACUUCACCAACCUGCUGUGGCUUUGAGUGCCUCCGAAGCUACUGGGGCAGCCAGAACCGCAGGAACAGGAGGGUACAGCCAGAGGCGGCCAGACCGGAGGCUUUCCCUCACCCUCAGAGGUCACAGGCCGAGAGCACACGCAUAGGAACCAACCGCACCUAUUCACAGAAGUGCAGCACAGGGACUGGCACCUUACCCCAACUCGACCCGCCAGUCAAACAGGUGGUGGUGACCAACGGCAAACUUCUCCACCAAUCAGAUGGCAUCUUACCUAACAUUGUCAAACAGCUGGUGCAGAAUGUCCAACAAAGUCAGGAGGAGAGGGAGAGGCCAAGGCCUCAGUUCCCCGCACGCUUCGGGUCCUCGGUGGACAACAUCUCCGAGUCUUUGACCAGAAGUAUCAUCAACAAAUUUGAGAAGAUCAGGACGUAUGAGGGACAGAGACUGCCCAUGUCGCCCACAGCUGCACUCAAGCACUUUCAGAGCCAGCUCACAGAGUACGAGCAGGAGGAGAUUAUGGACUACUCUGAGAUCUGGUAUCUGGGCUUAGACACCAAGAAGAUCGAGGGCUGCCAGGGAUCUCCGCAGAAUUCAGGCUAUGAUGACGAGCAUGGCAGCUACCUCAAGGUCCUUCAUGACCACAUCGCCUACCGCUACGAGGUUCUGGAAGUGAUUGGGAAGGGAUCCUUUGGGCAGGUCCUGAAAUGCCUGGAUCAUAAGACGAAUGAAAUGGUGGCCAUCAAGGUCAUUCGCAACAAGAAAAGGUUCCAUCAGCAGGCGCUGGUAGAGCUGAAGAUUCUGGACGCGGUGCGGAGGAGAGACCGCGACAACUGCCACAACGUCAUCCACAUGAAGGAGUACUUCUACUUUCGCAACCAUCUCUGCAUCUCCUUCGAGCUGCUGGGAGCGAACCUGUAUGAACUGAUCAAGAAGAACAACUUCCAGGGCUUCAGUCUGGCCCUGAUCCGACGCUUUGCCCACUCUCUGCUUAAGUGUCUGCAGAUGCUGCACAGGGAAAAGAUCAUCCACUGCGACCUCAAACCGGAGAACAUUCUGCUGUCCCAGCGAGGGCAGGGGAAUAUCAAGGUGGUCGACUUUGGGUCAAGCUGCUAUGAGCAGCAGAGAGUGUACACCUACAUCCAGAGCCGCUUCUACCGCUCUCCAGAGGUGAUCCUGGGCCACCCGUACAGCAUGGCUAUAGACAUGUGGAGCCUGGGCUGCAUCCUGGCUGAGCUCUACACAGGCUACCCGCUGUUCCCGGGAGAGAGCGAAGUAGAGCAGAUCGCCUGUAUCAUGGAGGUGCUGGGCUUGCCUCCAAAUGACUUUGUUCAGACAGCGUCCAGAAGACGGUUAUUUUUUGAUUCGAAAGGAAACCCACGGAACGUCACUAACAGCAAGGGCAAGAAACGCAGACCCAACUCAAAGGAUCUCGCCAGCGUAUUAAAAACCAACGAUCCUCUGUUUUUGGACUUUAUAAGGCGCUGUCUUGCGUGGGACCCUGCUAAGCGCAUGACUCCAGAUGAGGGCAUGCAGCACGAGUGGAUCCACGAGGGCCGUCUCAACAAACUCCGCCCUAAAACACGACCAGUCAGAAAGCCAGACGAGUGUGACAACAACUACGAGUACGCUUUACGCAGAACAACCACCAACAGAACUGAGGACAGACCGAAGAAGGAGAACUCGGUCAAAGACAGCAAGAUAGAGACAGCAGAGCGCCUGCGUCCCAUCGGAGCAUCGGCUGAGGAGGAGACCUGCGAAGGAGUGGACAAGAUUGCGUCCAGUAAAGAGAGUAAAGACAACAAACCAGAGAGCAAUCCAGACAGUGGAGAGCGCUCUGUAGAAAUCAUCAUCAAACCUCAGUCUCAGCCCCAGUCAAGCACAGACUCAGAGAUACAGGAGGUCCACUGUCCGCCUCUCAUUUAACAGGCGUUGGGCACUGAGUCAGGACCACCCUGGUCAGUGGUGCUGAUGGAGUCUGAAGGGUGUUUGACUCAUGCAGGGUUUGUGCCUGCUAGGUAACAGAUCAAUGUUGGCUUUUAUUUAGAACCUAUUUCUUACUCGCCACUGUAGAUUUGUAGGUUUUCUUAUUGUGUUCAAAUUUUUUUUAAGUUGGAAGUAAAUGUUGUCACUACUGCACACUAUAGGUCACUUUCCUGCGCUGGGAUUAAAGAGGAACUCCACUUGUUUUUUUCUGUGUAAUUUAAUCACUGAGAUGUAAACAAAGUCAUUCAGAGAGGUUUGAUGUGAAAUUUCAUUGUAGAGAAACGUGGACUCUAAUGUCUUUACAGUGGUGGUGAUGGGAACCAGGGGUCGCCAUGUCUACAACACAAAUACAGCCAUUUCAUUUAUUAUCCAAAGUGAACCUGCACGAGUCUUCUGGGGUUUUCACAUGUAGUAUUGCCAAUCUUUAAAAUAUAUAUAUUUCUUCUCUUUUAUCUUAGAACGCUCUGCAUGCAUCUCUCCGCCAUGAAUGGAUUUUAAAAAUACAUGUUUUACACUAGAAGCUUAUCUUAUAACCAUCGUUAGUCAAUGUCACAGACAUCAGGCAGAGUAUUCAUAGCCAUUGUGUGUGAUGUCUUUCUGCAAGAGGACUUUCAGAGGCAUUAAACUCCUCAGACGUCUGGUUCCUAUCAUCACCACUGUGAACGGCUCGGAGCAUUUCACACCAAACCACUCGGAAUGACUUCGUUUGCAUCUUAACAAGUUAACUGUUUAGAAAUUUAGAAAAAUCGGGGGAAUUUCCUUUGAAGUCAAGGCCUACCCUUCUGAAUGGAGAUUCUCCAUGGAAACGCAAAUGCAGUAGGCUCAAUCCCUUUAAAGUCUUAGGAGUUCUUCAGCUCUAGAUAAGCACGUUGCUAGCUUUUUGGUGCUUGUGAUACACUUUAAAAGGUCACACUGUACCUUCACAGAAGGUACUCAGUUGUUUUAUCUUAUGAAUCCUCUUUGAAUAUAAUAUAUCCUUCCCAUACACAGUAUUACACUCUGAUAUGAAUACAACAUUUUACACUUCCUUUAUUAGAGUUCAAGUGGAAUACCAAAGCAGUUGUAAUGUGCAAUAUUUCUGCAUGGUUUAAAGUGUUUUUAUGUUCUGCUGUUUUAAUUCUAGCUUUCAUUUUGCUAUAAGAUGGAGUCACUACUAGUUAGGGUAGUGCUGUGAGACUGAGCCAAAGAGAUUUAUCCUGUAGUCAUUAGUCAUUGCGGUCGUUGCUGUAGAUUGUACCCGAUUCUGCUCAGUUAGAUAUGUUCGGUUAUAAUACUCUUCAUGAGAUGAAUCAGUAUUAGUUAACAUGAAGAAAGUGCUGCCUAGAACUGGAACUGGGCACACCUGCUAUACAGAGACAAUAUAAUGUAAUAUUUGAUCUGAAUGUAACUAUAAAAUAGCAGAUUAACAUUUUUGAUGGCAUUUAUGAUGAUGAUGAUGAUGAUGAUGAUGUUAUUGGUUAUGAAGCAGGCAAUAAUGAUGGUUACAAUAUAAGGUAACACUUCAUUUGAAGCCCAAGGACUUCAAAAUGCAUGCAUAUUUAACCUCUUACACGGCCAGGGUCCACCAGCAGGCCCAGCGUUUUAUUACACACUCUUCUAAACUAAGAAUAUCUCAGCCAGUUUGCAUUGAUGUCCCUUUAGUUACUGAAUAUUAUGCCUUACAUGUAAUAAGCCUGGGAUUUCAAUGGGUUAAAUCAUAUUAAUAAAGCAAUAUAUGAAUGUAUAUAGCCAAAUUCACACCAGAACUCUCAAUAUGAUAUAUGGUUUAUUAAGUAAAUAAUGUUGUUUUGACAUAUGUGGCCUUAAACUAAAUUGGUGGGUAUUGGUUUCAUUUAUAACAUUGUUAUGAAGCAUCAUUCACAAUUAAUAUUGUUAUUACAGUUGUUCAGUAUUGUCUGUCACAAUCUGAACCUUUGUGCUUUAACUCAAGUAGAAAUAUGUAGCACUGAGGUGGUGAGGUGAGGUUUUAAUUAUGCCUCUGCUUUCUUAGUUCAGUUAUUCAGUAACGAUGCUUCAUAAGAGUGUUAUAAAUGGAAAAAAAGUCUGUCACUCUAGUUUAAGGCUCCUUAUGUAAAUACAAUGGCAUUUACAUUAUAACAUGGCUUUUAAAUACUCAAGCAGUACAUUGCUUUGUAAAUACAGUAUUCAAAGCUUAUGCAUAUGUUAUGAAGUCUCUGUGUAGAUGGUCUUCAAAUGAAGUGCUACCCAGGAUUACAUAUGAGUGGUGGUUAUGAGGUUAUGUGGGAAAUAAUGAUGGUUAUGACACUAAGAAUGAUGAGUAGUAAUGCACUGAAAGCAACAUGGUGUACAAUGUAUUGUUUAGUUUAGAACUAAAGUACUUUGAUACUAAUAUGUCAGCAUAUGGAUUUUAUGUUUUUUUCUGUAUAUAAAAUUCUUACAAUUUUUUUGUCAUGCACUAGAAGUGUAUGCCAUCAGGUGAUGUAAAAUUAGACAAGGUUUUACUUGUUCAUGUACUGUUGAUGUAUUAUGAAUGAAAGAAGUUUUUACCACCACAAAUUCAGUGUGUUCUUCUCUUACUGUUGAUAUUUGUAGCAUCAACGUCAACAAGCUUUCAUGUUUGCUUCAUAAUUGUCUGUAUUUCAUGUUUUAUUAAAGCUAAGCACGGCCAGUAGUAGAAACCCAAUUCCAAAAAAGUUGAGACA